AUGGCCAAAAACAGGAAGAAAGCAACAUUCCAUUGGGAAGCGGUUCUCGCUUUCGCUGUUACUAUUUUAAUCACGAGGAUUUCGAUUUGUGAUUGCAAAACUCCCGCGAACCAACAGAAAAUCGACUUGCCUGAUUCGAAGGACACGCAGAACAACCCGAUCGUCUUCAGUGCAAUUGGGCAAUUUCAUCUUCCGUUGUCCUUCAUACAUUCAAAAAGAUUCCGGCCAGAAAUGGUGGUGCUGAAUGUCGGACAUGGGCUCAAGCCAUCCCUUGGAUACUUCGUAGCCCCACAGGACGGCAUUUAUUUAUUCAACUUCGGAGGAUUGAUGCACGAUAUCACAGUUAAGGCUAAUUACAAGGGGCUUUUUCUGAAGCAUAUGGGGCACAAGGAAUACGAUUCCGUGCUGAACUCAAACCCCCGAGACCCGACGACAAUCGCUGGCCACAACCUCGUGAGCAUGAUGAAAAAGGACGCCUUGGAAUAUUACGGGAGAGUAGAUUCUAAAUCAGCCAAUUACUCGGAUUCCCUUGGCUUUCUGCACAACAACUGGUGGCGAUGCAAUGGACGACUGAUUGCUGAUCCAAAAGUGAGGUCUAGUCAAACACUUGCCAGCCAUAAACAAAUCGGGAAACUUGUACCGUUCCAAACCGUUCACUGGAAUUUUGGCAAUGGAUUCAACAGCACCAAUGGAACCUUCAUCGCUCCUCAGGCCGGCUUAUACCACUUCUUCUUGCACUUCGGAGGACAUGGAACACUGGGCCAGGCGAGGAUUGAGAAACCGGACCUUGUGUUAGCUGCGGGUUUAGUCGGAAAUUGCAAGAAAAUCGAACUCGCAUUGCUUCACACCUUCGCAGAUCUUGAUAACAUCCGCUGGAAUGGAACCUUCGACAUCCAGCAAUGGGACAAAAUCCAGGUUGUUGAUUUGCUCUUACCAAGCAGACCGCGCAAUUGGCCCUCGAAUCUUGGACAGACGAGAGAAUACAUCAUGUUGACCAUUCUGUGCUCCAGCGUCAGAGAGAUUGAGACUGCCCCUCUGGGUAAGCUCACCCUGUAG